CAAUAACCAAAUUAAUGUCUUUUUAGUUUUAAAAUGUUAUGUUCAAAUCUAUUAACCAUUCAAUCUAUUAAAAAAAAUAGUUAAGUGAAAAUUAUAUUUUUAAAUACAAGAAAUUUGAAAAAUGAAAAAUUUAAUAUUUUUUUCAAAAUCUAAAUAUCCGAACCCGAUCCGAAAUAAAAAUACCUGAACGCGACCCGAAGUUCAAAAAUAUCCGAACGGAUUCUACACCUCUAUACUAAAAUACCCAAAAAUCCGAACUACCCUACCCGAACCCGAACGCCCACCCCUAUUUAUUACUCCGUUUCUCCCUCAAUUUUGGAGCAAAAAAUGAAGAUGCUCUAAUCCUAACUCUUUCUCUCCUGUUCAUCUACUUAAGAUUCCAACAUUCACCUUUUUCUACGCAAGUCGGUCUGGCAUAUGUCCACCUAAACAACACAGUUUUUUUUAUUUAUCUCACUUUUGAUGGUUCUUGAAAAUGAAGAACAAUCCAAUUUUCUUUUAAUUUGGAGAUGAAUCGUGAUUAUCAUUGCCCACUGAUAAAUGUGGUUUUAAGCAUCUCGUGUCGUUUUUACGAUUAAAUGAAACGCUACGUUUCAAUUUAAUGGGUCCCUAUUUAGAAAAGAUGACUUUGUUUAGGGAGGGUUACAUGCAUCGAAGGUUUAAUAGUUGAAAGUUUUAAAACAUAUUUUUUAGUUGAAGGUUUUCUAUCCGAUUUAAAAAUAGUUGAAGGUUUAAAUUACUAAAAUAUAUGUUGAUUAUAAGCAUCUCAUGUUGUUUUUGUGAUUAUAUGAGACACUAAAUUUCAAUUUAACGGCUUUUCGUUUAGAAAAGACGACUUUGUUGACAAAGGAUUAACGGUAAUAAAUAGCUUAAUAGUUGAGGGUUUAAAAACAUAAAAUUUUAGUUGAGAGUUUUUCAUCCGAUCUAAAAUAGCUAGGAGUUUAAAUCACUAAAAAUACAAUUUUUUUUUUUGAUCAACACUAAAAAUACAUUAAACUAAUGUUUACCAGUCCAUAACCAAGUAUGAACCGGAAGCUUUCAGAUUUGGCAUGAUUCCUCCUCGACAGAUUCUAGGUUUAGAAACAUAAUUGAAUUGUGUAUUUCCAAUUAUGGAAGCGUCAUUUCAUAAAAUCAGAGGCAAAAUUAAUUAUAGUGAAACGUAUAUACACUGUAUAUUUAAGUCACAAUUUACUACUUUUUUUUUGUCAUCACGAACAUUUUGUUAAUGGAGACGCAAGAUUUGAGUUUUUUUCGCCAAAACCGUAAAAUUUAAUUUCUCGCCAAAACCAGAAAAUUGAGUUUUUCGCAAAAACCAAAAAAAUCGAGUUUCCAGCCAAAACGCAAAAUCAAUUUUUCCCGCCAAAAAUAGAAAAUUGAAUUUUCCCGUUAAAACUGAAAAAUCAUUUUUCUUGCCAAAACUGCAAUAUUAAGUUUUCCAGCAAAAUCGUAAAAUUUUCUACCAAAAUUGCAAACAUCAUAUUUUUUUUGUUAAAAUCACAAAAUUGUGUGUAUUCAACAAAACCGCAAAAUCUUGUUUUUUUUUGUUGAACUUGAAAAAUCUUAUCUUUUCGCCAUAACCGUAAAAAUUAAAUUCUCCGUAAAAUCUUGAUUUCAAAAUUCCCAAAACAGAAAAACAUUGUUUGAGUGUAUUAUAUAUUUUUUAAUGAAAUUAUUAUAAUUAUGCAAAUCACGUGCUAAUAUUAUUUGCUUGUGUUUUAAAAGAUUUUAUAAAAUGGGCUAACUCUGAACUAACCCUAAUCCAGCUCUUCAAACAUAAACUAUUAGGACUAAAAUAGGAUUAGGGCUAGAAUAGGGUCUGGUUUAUAUUUUAUAGGCUGGGUGGGCUAAAAAACCCUAUAUAACAUCCCAAAAUUCAAGCAUAUUGUCUUUCAUCGAAAGCAUAGAAAAUCUUGGGUUUCGUCAAAAACAAGAGUAGGAACGCAAAUUUUACAAUAAGAUAAACCGAAUAGCUAUACAAUAUUUUAUUUUACAAAAAAAACUAUACAAUAUUUACAUAUAAAUCAAUAAAAAUACAUAAUACAAAUACAAAAACUUUAGGAAAAAACACUGGUACGAACAUAAAGUGAAGAACCAAAAGGAAAGCUUAUGUAAAUGCCUCAUAGACAGUUCAUGUUUUUUCAAAAUCCCAUGAUAUAAUUGCGGAACAAAAUCUGUAGAACAUUCUUUAUAUGUUAUACUCUCACGAGCAAAGAAAUAAACAAAAAAAAAAUAGUAGGAGUUGUUUUGUUGUGAUGUAGAAGCUCAUGUUGCUUUGUAUUUGCUUUUAUGAUAGAGUUUGUUGAAGAUUUGUUUGCAUUUUUGUGAAUAUUAGGUGUUUUCAUCUCACCUUCAUUAUUUAACAAGAUAAAAAGUACUUAAUAUAGAUUCAGAGGACUAUGAUCGAUGGAUCCACCAAUUUACAUAAGGGGUGUCAAAAUGAGCUAUAACUUAUGUGGUAGCUCAGCUCAGCUUGAUUUUUCAUGAUCAUGAGUUAUAUUUUUUAAAUUCAUUUAAUAAAUGAGUUUAAUGAACAAUCUUAAAUUAAAUCACGAGUUAUAUGAACAAUCUUAAAUGAACAUGAACCAACUCAUUAGCUUGGUCAUUUUUAUACUUAAAAUUAUAUAUAUCAUAUGUAAAUAAGAUAAUUUCUAUAUCAUCAUAUUUAUCUUCUAAAAUUACAAUGUAAAUCCAAAUUUAUUUAGAUAUAUAUAUAGAAUAUGUAAAAGAAAAUUUUAUAUACCCAUCAUCUGUCUUUAAAUUUAGAUGUAAAACAAAAUAUUCCUAAGAGACAAUUUAGAAAUUACUCGUAAUUAUCUUACUUAAUAUUUUUUUUUUACAUUUAAAUUUUAUAAAACAUAAUAUAAAAAUCAUACUUUUAAUAUUAUAAGACUUAAUAAAACUUAUUUUAAUAUUUUAUUUUAUGAUAAUUAAUAUUUUAUAUUAAAUCGCGAGCUAUCUCGUUUUGCUCAUGAUCUUUAAUGAUAUGAGUUCAAGUUUACGUAUUAAAGUUCAUCUAAUAAAUGAGCUGAGCUAACUCUUGAAAGAUUCGAACUUACUAUGAGCUUAUGAGCUGAGCUGAGUUGAGCGAGAUAGCUCAUUUUGACAUAUAUUUAUAUAUAAGGUGCAUGUCACAAACACAAUCCUAUGUCGUUGUAGUGUUUGGUGAUCUUUUUCCACCGGCUUCAAAACCAACCUACGAUGCGUUCCGCAUAACCGGAACGCAUAACCCUGCUAAUUCUUAUGGUCAAAAAGAUCUCAUCUAAUCCAAUUGGGUCAAGUAAUGGGCUGCAACACUUAGCAUUUUUGUAACUGGGCUCAAGUCAGUUAAUCAGGCCUAAUCAUGUAGAGCUUUCCACCUCGACCAUUCAAUUUCAAAUGGUCGUCAUAUGACGUUUGGCUUUCUAAUGACACAAGCACGAAUCAUGCUCAUCAUUACUCAUUAGGAUAACGUUAACAAUGUACCAACUAUACUUUAUACUAGAGACAAAGUUAAACGUAGUAAUCAUAUAAUCUUUCCUUGGAAGCCUAGGUGAUACUACUUUCGUGAUGCUUUUUAACCACAGUACCAAAUCAUUUUCCUUUUCAAUAAAAUACACAAAUUAGACAGUCUCGUAACUUAACAAGUAACUCCAUAUAUAUGUAAAUUGUGUAUAAACGACUUUAUACGAAUACUCCAUGUUAAGUUGUCCAUCCUUGUAUUGUGUUGUGGUCUACAGUAUCAAAGAAAUUAAAUCAAAAGAAAUAGCCUUACCAAAACGUUAUAAAUAUAAUUAAUACCCACAACGUCUUCUACUUAACCGUUAAUUAAAAUAAUGUAUAUAUGUCUGUUAGGAAGUUUGGUCAUUCGAUCUUUAAUUAAUUUAAAAUAAAUUCACACUUCUGAUUACUAUUCGUAAUGGAGACAAAAAUGUUUAUAAUAAAAAAACUUAGGUGAAGGUUGCUGUAACCAUUGGGCUAACUGAUCUCAACCACAGCCACUUGAAGACAAAUAAUUCGUACAAAUAUAUAAUUACAUUGCAAUAAUUAUACUAGAUGCGUUUUAUUACCUCUUAUGAUUCUAAGCAAAGUUUGUCGCUCUGUAAGCAAGCCGAGAGAUACUAGUUAUUUGUACACUUAUAAGUUUUAUCAGUCUACCACAGAAGUUGAAGCAUCUCGUUAAUUGUUUCGUUUUAAAGUAAUACGAUUGUUCUCGGAGGUAGAAGCACUAAUGACGUUGACGAGAUACCAGAUACGGAACGAGUACGGCUUGGCGGAUAAGGAGCUCUACAGCGAUAAGGAAGAUGCUGAAGUUUUGCUCGAAGGUUCAUCGAUGGCUGGACUCGUCGGCCUUUUGCGCCAGCUUGGCGACCUCGCUGAGUUUGCUGGUGAAGUGUUCCAUAACCUGCAUGAAGAACUAAUGACAACUUCAGCACGAGGACAAGGUUUGGCAAUUCGUCUUCAACAGCUUGAAGCACAAGUUCCUAAUUCGGUUGAGAUACCUAUUUUGUCUCAAACCGAUCAUUCAACUUUCUUUUACGAUCCAGGAUUGGAAUGGCAUUCUACUUUGAAAACAGAAGAACAUCUAAUUUAUCCACACAAGUUGCCUCAUUGUAUAAUUGAUUCAUAUGAGGAAUGUCGUGGUCCGCCCCAGCUCUACCUUCUUGACAAGUUUGAUGUUGAUGGGUCUGGAUCAUGCUUGAAGCGUUACUCUGACCCAUCUUUGUUGAAGAAGCUUACUGCAUCACAACUCAGCAAAGAUGAGAGACCAAUCAAACCAAAGAAGAAAGCAUCACACAUUAGUAAUGGAGAGAGAACACUUGGGGAUUCACAAACAUCACAUGCUAAGUUGAAUCAGCUCUUCUUAAUGGACCAUGCUGAAGAUCCAGAAAUCACAGUUAAACUAAAGAGAAGACAUCUGAAUGGACCUCCUCCAAUUAACUCAAGCUCUGGGACUGGUUACAUGGAGAAGUUCCUGAAGAAUUCUUUGCCCUACUGUGAAAGAGUUCAUGAGACACUGGAUCAGUCAUCUUCGGCAAUGGAAACUGAUGAAGUUUCAACAUGCAACGUACGAGUAGACCUAUCAACAACACCUUCUUUGGUUUAUCCAAGCAAUGGAGAGACUAGAAAAGAGAGGGAAAUGGAAGCCAUUGCUGAUGAUGAAAGAGAGGGAGGAGAAGCAAUGGUUUGUGUAGAAAAAAGAAGCUCUUCUGUGAACAAUGACACAGAUGCACCACUUGCUUCCACAGAGACGGCAGCAGACAAGGCUGAUGUGACUCAAACAGGGGUCCUGGCUUCUAAUGUUUUGCACCACUCAACGGAGGAAGGAACAUCUGAGGGUGGGACCAAAGAUGUUCAGACAAAUGACGUUGAGGAUGAUCAUUCGCAACAUGUUUUCAGUGUGGAGACUGGAUCUGAGAUGUCUUUAACCGGUUUAGUGGAAGACCAGUUCUCUUCCUUAACCAAUCAAGGGACAGAGAAAGAGUCUGAUGAUUGUCUUCUUUUUGAAAAUCAACACAUUAGCACAUCCGACAACUUUGAAGAUUUAUCUGUGGAUGCUGAUGCAGUACAUGACAGUGCUGUCCCAAAAAAAGAAGAUGAAACCAGCUCACAAGAUGGAUAUUCCGUGAAUACCGAACACGCUGGACACAUUUCAACUUUUAAUAUCAGCUCAGAAGUUAGAGAUCUGAUAUUAGAUACUACCCCAAGAGAUCUUCACACAGGAAACAUAACCCCCUCGGCCUCAUCUUGGCAAGAAGACGCCUUAGCCAACUCUGAUCUAGCUGAGAUAUCAUCAGAUUCUGGACAAGAGGAUCCACAAUCUAUGUCUAUCAUUGCAGAUGGGAGAAGUGAGCUUGAGGUUCAGAUUCUUGAUACUCAAAGUGAUGGUACUGUAUUUGCAGGAGAUAACCAGGCCAUGCUGAAUGAUGAGGUCAGUGAGACCGUACCCGAAGAAGACUUGGAAACUAUUAGUGAUCCACAUGAAUGUCUUCCAGGUACUCAAGAAUGUUUUUCACCUGAGUAUUACAUACAGACACAUAGCCAAGGAGGGCAAGAGAGUCAAUCUGAAACAGACUCAGAAAAUACAACAGCAGAAGCAGCAGCCGAGUUUCUUCCUCCACAAGAUGUUCCUCUUGGUGUUCAGUGCUCAACUUCAGAGGAAACACUAACAUGCAACGAAAAUGAAGCUGAAGUAGAAGCUCUUAAUGCACCACACCAAGGAGAUAUCACAUCACUAAAUGGUAAUAUCCCUGAGUCUGUUCUCUCCAUGGGUCCGACUGAUCAAGAAAAUUGCUUGGAUGUGCCCAUGGCUCCCUUCUCCACGUCCCUCCAUGUAACACCUCUGGAAGAUCUUGAAAUAACGCCUCCUCUCCCGCCUCUCCCUCCAACACAAUGGUGGAUGGGGAAGCUGGUUGAAUCUGUUAAAACAACAGAAACUCAGUUCUCCCCAGUGCCAUACAAUGGGAACAACAGUUUCUACAUUCACAGGGAUGAGAAGAUACAUAAUGGAGUAGUUCAAGCGACCGAGGCACAAGAUCUGUCAGAAGCCUCAGUUACAGCAAGUGAAAACCAGCUUCGGAAUGAACCAUCUAAAGCAACAGAGGAGGAACAGUCUCCUUCAGAAUCAGUUGCUUGGGAGUCACUACUCACACCAGAAGCUACACCAGAGCCAGAAUCAACCGAAGGCUUAGAAGCACUUGAGUGGUUUAGUCAGAACUUAAAAGCGCAUACCAAUACUAACCUUACAAAAUUAGAAGAGGAACCUCAGCUUGAUCAUCCACUAGAAUCACCAGGAGAAACAGAAGGAGAUAAUAUAUCAUAUGAAUAUAAUGAGAAAGUUGAGAAGCUUCCAAGAGACAAGGAGUCUCUUGUUCUUGGCAUCGAUAGAAGCAUGUUGAGGAAGGUGUCUGAAAGAAACAGGACACAACUUGGAGCUCGAGAGGAUGAGAAUGAUUCACUACUGGAGAUCAUACGCAGCAAGUCAUUCAACUUGAGACCAGCAGAUGCAUCGGUGAGACACAACUUUCAAGUAGCUGCUCCCAUAACCAACUUGAAGGUCGCUGCAAUUCUAGAGAAAGCCAAUAGUCUUCGCCAUGCAAUGGCGGGAAGCGACGACGACCACGAUUCAGAUAGCUGGAGUGAGUGAAUGAGUCUCCAUAUGCAUGUAACCUGUAGAUGACAUAUUGAUCAUACACAUACACAAUUCAUUUUUGCAAUUUGUAUAGAAGAAGUGUUAGCUUCUUCUCAGAUUGUAUUUGUUUUGGUAUCUCGUAAUGUUUUUAUUGCUCUCUUUCACACAUAUGCAAUGUAUGUCACUCUCAGUUUUUUACUUUCUUUAUUGAAAAUUUUCAGUUAAUGUAUAA